AUGUCUGACUUGGUAGAAAUUGAUAGUCUUCUGUCAUCAAACACGCCUCUUAAUAACACCGAGGAUGGUGAGGAGGAGGCAAUGACAGCAUCUGAAGUACUUCAGAAGUUAGAGGAGGCAUGGUUGAAUGAAAAGUUUGCUCCUGAUCUUCUGCCUGUAAAAUCAAAUUUGGUUGAGUGUAUGCUGGCCCAGAUAGAUGCAAUGGAAGCUAACAUUGCAACUGCUAAGAAAGGAGACUUCAGAAUAAGUGUCCAUCGUAUGGAGAUUGACCGAAUUAGAUACAUCAUAAGCAGCUACCUCAGAAUUCGUUUGGCAAAGAUUGAAAAAUUUACAACACAUGUUUUACAAGAAGAGGAAAAACACAGAGAUACUGACACCCCUCUUUUGUCUGAUGCUGAGUUGGAAUUUGCAAAAGGGUAUAACAGCAGUGUCAUGUCCCACCUUACAAACACAGCUCUCAGACACAUGCCUGCCAAUGUUGCAUCCCUGAACUCAAAAGAGACAGCGGUUGUUCCAUUGGUGGACAGCUACGUGUUCUUGAAAGUCAAUGAAACAACCGAGAACGUCUUAAUUGAGGAGGAAACAGUGGACGCCGGAGAGGAAAUAAUGGAUCUUUUACAAGGCGACCAACACAUCAUGAGAUACAGGCCCGUUGCGUCUCUAGUGGAGUCUGGAGCAGUGUCCUUAAUUUAA